AUGCCCACACCCAAAUUUAUGGAAGGCCCAAAUACAGUUCAAACGUCACUCUACGGCUACGAUAAAAACAAGAAAGUACAGGUGAACAGUUUACGAGGGAAGCCGAUUCUUGUGCUACGGCGAGAGAAUGGUGACGCAAAACAAGAGAAAUCAUCGUCGUUUAUCGGAGGAGUGUCACGAUUCACAAAGAAAUGGGUGGAUCGAAGCAAGCAGAUGCCAGCACCGAUUCCAAGCAAGCCCAUGUACCCUUCCUAUACACACUUCCAUCAUCAAUAUUCAUCGACAAAGCCACCACCAGUCACUCCACUUUCUCUUCCCAGUUCUCCGGUCGCGACUAAAUCGCCCACCUCUUUCACUCAAACCGCACACGAUCGGGGUUCGUCACGUCGUCCUCCGUUCUCCCCGUUACUUCGAAUCGCAGUGCCAUCGAGUCCUAAGAUGACGCCAGAGGACGAAAUGACAGUGAAGAGAUUGUUUGACAAGUUGGAAGUGACCACUCCACCGCCGUCUUCGAAUUGUUCGCUUGCUAACGUCACCAGUGAGAUUACACUUCUCGAAUUGAAUCCGAAGAUCGCCGCGAAAUCGUUCAUUACUACGCCGAUUAGCGUGACGUCGUCGUCGGAGACGGAAACCACAUUUUCCUCGUCUUCCGUCGACUCGGACGACAUUUCCUUUUUCUCUGAUACACCAAAGAGUCUCUCCGAUUCCGGAAGAGCGUCAUGUUCUGAAAAUGUGUCGAAAGUGGUAGAGGAGGAAGAUUGUGAAUCGAAUUAUAGUCUGAAAAUGAAGCCAGAAGUCAAGAAAAGUGGUCACACGUGUCCAGAUGAAACUCAAUGCUUCGUGUUUCGAAACGGUGUGUGUCCUGAUGAGGAGACGGAGCGAAAGAAUAUGAUUGAAUGGUACAAUGAGUUGAUUCAAUGGAGGCACGAAAUAGUCACUAAAAAAUGUUUCGGUCCACCGCGGUGUCACCCACCGCCUCUUACCGUCACGAUCAUCGGCGCCAGUCGUGCUCAACGUGCCAAUCCCUUCCAUCGCGUCGGAGAAGUUCACCCUUUUGCCAUGGAGGCUAUGGAUCAUGUUCGUAAAAGGAUGGACGCGAAGAAGCCGUAUCGCCUCGUUCCCACCGAUCUUCCUCUUCCAGCACCCCAUGAAUUCAUGGCGAAUGCAAAGUGUAUGGAACCGCAUUUAUUCAUCGAAUACUGCUAUCAACUGACCGCCGCCGCCUACAUGGACACCGGACUGAACCCACCGAAUCGUCGUCCUCCGAUUCCGCCUCGCAUAGAGCCGAUUCCCGAGCAAGCGUGCCGCGAGUCGGUUUGCUCGUCAGCUUCAGAAAUCUCGUCGGAUGGCGAGUAUUCCGACGAUUCCGAAAACACGAAAAGGGAAAGAAUGCGUCAGAAGAUGGAGAGACAUCGUCGACGCGAACGACGUCUUCAGCGAAUUUUCCGGCGCCACGCUCUCGACGAGAUCGAAGAAGGAGAAGACGACGAUUAA